AUGGCGGGAGGCUGCGUGCUGGUGCUGGUGCUUUUGGCCACAGUGCUGACCAGGACUGGAGCAAUUCUUGUCGCCAAGCCCCUCACAGCCCUCCCAGAAGCAAAGGGCUGCCACCUAGCCCAGUUCAAGUCCUUCUCCCCAAAGGAGCUACAGGCCUUCAAGAGGAUCAAAGAUGUCUUUGAAGAGUCUCUCCUGCCAGAGGACUGCAGAGGCAGCUCCCACCUCUUCCCCCGGCCCUGGAGCCUGAGGCAGCUGCAGGUGUGGGAGCGCCCUGUGACCCUGGAGGCUGAGCUGGCCCUGACACUGAAGGUCCUGGAGGCUGUAACUAAGGAGGCCCUGAGGGACAUCCUGGACCAGCCCCUUCACACACUGCGCCACAUCCAGUCCCAGCUCCAGGCCUGUGGCCGGGUUCAGCCCACAGCAGGCCCCAGACUCCGAGGUCGCCUUCGGAACUGGCUGCACCAACUCCAGGAGGCCCCAAAGAAGGAGUCCCCUGGCUGUCUGGAGGCCUCUGUCAUAUUCAAUCUCUUCCGCCUCCUCACCUGGGACCUGAAAUGUGUUGCCAGUGGACACCUGUGUGCAUGA